AGUCCGCCGCGACCGUUGCGCGAGGUCGCAGCUCCCCGUUUGUAGCGCGGCGAUGUUGGGCAGCGUGAGGUCCAACAUCGGCUUGUGAUUCCCGUGUGUGUGUGUGAGGGUGCGAGUGCGUGUCAGUGUGUUUACGUAAGAGAGAGAGGGAAAGGAAGUGCAUCAUGGCGCUUGCGAUCGCCGGCCUGGACCCGGUGGCGCUGCUGCCGGCCAUGUCCGCCGUGGUGCUGCUGCCCUACGCCACCGCCAUGACGGCCACCAUGACGGCGCACAGGGAGCACCGUGAGCGGGAGCCCUCGUGGUCCGCCAGGACCGUCCGCAGGCUGCAGGACGACGACGCAGACGCGGCGCCCGACGUGGGCACGGUGGCCCCCGAGGUCGACGCCCUGUUCAGAGUGAGCGGCGCCAACCUGGAGAUCAGCGUCGGCGACCUGGACCUAGACCGGCUGCUCCCCGACCGGACGGACCGGGAGUUCCUGGAGAACCUGACCACCAGAAUGCCCUACGAGAUCGACGGGGCAGGACUGCAGCCGCGGCCCGGCCUGGACACGUGGUCCGUGGUGUGGUACUGCGGCAUGUUCGCGGCCUUCACGUCGCUGUUCCUCAUCAUGCCGUGCUCGCAAGUGCUGUGCCGCGCCGGCCUCCUCCACGGCCACGGCGACCCGCGCCUGCGGCCGCGCGCCCCGGGCCUGAGCGCGCUGCAGACGGCGGCCGGGUACGCCACGCCGCCGCCGCCCUACAAGCAGUUCGCGCCGCCGUCCUACGAGGACGUCAUCGUGGACCUGGGCUGGCAGCCGCUGCCGCCGCCGGGCAAGGCGGUGCCCGUGUCUGCGCUGCCGCCGCCGCCGUUCCCGCAGCCGCCGCCGGAGAAGGACAAGGAGGGCAUGGAGGCGCUGGACGUGUACGUCAUCCCGCUGCGCCCCGAGGCCGCGCCGUCGACGCAGGCCGCGGCGUGAUGCAGCCGCCGACGCGCCCGCCAGGCCGCUGUGAUCUCAGUCCCUCAUCCGCGUCCAGAGAGCUCCGUCGACGCAAAGAAGUGACCUCUGGCCGUGCCCCUCCGGUCGAAGGUGGCCGAAGCACAGAGAAGGCCCGGCCUGCCAGGCCUUGGCCCGGCGGCCCGGCGGCGUGGAUCAGCGCGCGUGGCGCCACAUGCGGCGGAGCGCCGAACCACCGACCAUUCCUGCGAAGAGGUGCCGCGAGGCUGGCGGACCUCAUUCAUCCAUCUACCGACAAGCCACAGUGGGUCUAGUCAUUUAAACUAAACUCUGGCUGCCACACGGCCCCCCAAUGACCAUCACUCGAAGGCAGAGACUUUUCCCAAGUUUUGCCGAAAAGAUGAAUUGGAGCAACGGCAGAUCGCAGUGCGCGCUCGUCACCGUAACUCUGACAAGCAGCGGGCGCUGCCUUCUGCCAUCGGAAGUUCGACUGAACGAACUGUGUCAUGUGGGCAGUGGUAAUGGCGCGAAUGGCUUGCCCCUGUCAUUUAUUCCAUGUAAGUUAGGGAUUGUUUUAAUUCGAAGUUAGACGGUUUUGUAAGCCAAGGCAUCUCUCGAUCGGGAUUCCUUAAAAUUCGACUCAUAAGACUGACCUGAUAUUUUUUCUUUGUUAUUGUUGAAUUAGAUGGGGCUAAGAUUUGUUGUAGUGUUUCAACUGGGUAGUGCUUUGCUAUGUAGUUAACUUAUCGUAGUUAGGUUUUUAAAUUUAUUUGAGCUGCAAUGUUUCCUGAUCGGGAGGUGGACUGGAGGUUUUUCCCUGUGUUCAAUCAACCUAUCGAUUUGUGAGAGAGAGAUUGAAACUUCGUGUAUGUUUCCGAACAGGGCAUCUGAUUGGUUCGAAUUUGUGUGUCCCUAUUGUGAAGUAUUUUGUGUUAAUUGCGUUUCUAAUGUCUUUAAACUCAAACCUUGUCGUUCGUAAGAGUAGUUUUAAUGAGUGUCAUGUACCUGCCAUAUUAGAGUAUACUUUUUUCAUGUGCGUAUUCGCUGUGCCAUCCAGUUGGUGCAUAUUUUUGUAUACAUAUUUAGCCAAAGAAUCUUCCCCGGGUGUCGAGAACGGAGAAACUCACACUCAAGAUGUCUUACACCAAAGUGUAAACUUAGCAGUAAAGGAAUUUUCAUAACAUGAGA